UGCGAUUUUGGCUUAAAUAGCAACGCUCUUCUUGCCGAAUAACGCAACCGAGAAUUUGUGUAUGCAAUAGUUUUACAAAAAUCAUUCCGAACCUAACGAAAAAAAUAUAUUUCAUUGUGUUUGUUUAUUAUAAAAUUAUUGUAAACUUAUCAAAAAUAUAUUUUGUUGGUUUAGGCUAAAUUAAAUUGCGUUUGCUAUAAUAAGGUUAGGUAAGUUUUCUAAGGUUCUCUUGGUACAAAAAUAUAUUCUUUUUAUUGCCAUAAAUGUAUAUAUACAUUUAUGAUAGUUGGGAGGUGGUACCACCUCUAGAACUGACUGGGGACCCACAGGCUCAGAGAAGAGAAAAAACUAACCUCAGAAAAAACUCUGGAAGGAGAACAACAAGCAGAUCACAGAUCUUACAUCUGAAAUAGUACCUCAACCGACUGCCCGGCGGUGGGUAGUGUGUCCUACUAGCUAUCAGACAAAAUAAGUUUUCUGGAAUAAUUUAGCAUCCUUCAUCAUUUUGCAAUAUUACAAAAUUUUGUAUAUAUUCUGAUUAGUAUAUCUCUCCUGAUGUGUAUGCACUGAGAUCAGUAGCCGUAUAUACACUUGGAAGGGUGUAUAUCCUAGUAUGUAUACACUUAAAGUUCAGGUGACAUGCAGCCUUAAUGAUAAGCAUUUACAUUAAUAUUUUGGUGAAAUUUGGAGUGACUUAUGGUAUAUUUGUAUAUAAAUGAUAAGGAAGCCUGUCUACAAGAGUCUCGUUUUUGUUCAGCUGAUAGUGAACCGAGAAACGAGCCUUCUGUUAAGUGAUCUAUACAGGUUUAACUCUUCAUAUAAGUACAGUAUAAUGAUAAAAAUAAUAACAGUGAUUAACUUAGGUUACACCUGAAGGAGUGAGACAACGGGAUGACUACUACAGCACCUAGUGAUCUUUCUGGAGUGAGACAACAGAAUGACUACUACAGCACCUAGUGAUCUUCCUGGAGUGAGACAACAGAAUGACUACUACAGCACCUAGUGAUUUUCCUGGAGUGAGACAACAGAAUGACUACUACAGCACCUAGUGAUCUUCCUGGAGUGAGACAACAGAAUGACUACUACAGCACCUAGUGAUCUUCCUGGAGUGAGACAACAGAAUGACUACUACAGCACCUAGUGAUCUUCCUGGAGUGAGACAACAGAAUGACUACUACAGCACCUAGUGAUCUUCCUGGAGUGAGACAACAGAAUGACUACUACAGCACCUAGUGAUCUUCCUGGAGUAAGACAACAGAAUGACUACUACAGCACCUAGUGAGCUUCCUGGAGUGAGACAACAGAAUGACUACUACAGCACCUAGUGAUCUUCCUGGAGUGAGACAACAGAAUGACGUUAAGGCAGCAUCUAGUGCUCUUCCUGGAGCGAGACAAUGGUUUCUUCAGCACCUAGUGCUCUUCCUGAAGGAGUGAAUCCAGGAAAUAAUAAUAGGAAAUCUUUGUCAGUGGUCUCAACUAUCCCACUCACUCAGCCUGACGUAAAGGGAUAUGUAUAGAAUCAAGGACUACAAGACUGGGUAAAUCCUUCGCCUUCACCUUCUACACAAAACGAGUGAGUGUUUUAAGAUCUGAGCACCGACUGUGAACUGUAACAAUCUACACAUCGCCAAAAAUAAAAUUAAAUGCAAAACAUGAAAAUACGUCGUUUGGUUUUACACUCGACGCAAAAUUUGUGGGAAUGUUGAGUCUGAGAUCAAUUGCGUCUCGGUUGAUAUAGCUCUUUCUAAAUGUAAAUUUCAUCAGAACUAUUUUUGAAUGCGAAAAAAUCAUGAAUUCGGAUGACAACUCAAUGGUAAAUGAUCAAGAAAUGUCGAAGUAUUUUACUUACAGUGACAUUAUCAGUUCCGAAAAAAUAUACUCUGUUAAAAAUAACUCAUAACUACUGUAACUUGCCUAAAUACAACUAUAACUUGCUAGAUAGUUGGUGUUUUAAGAAACUUAUAAUCACAUGUAAGCUAUAUUGUAAGGUUUUUGUGAUUGAAUUCAUGACUGAAAACGUCAUUACUAGUGUUUCCGGUUUAAAAAAAUGUAUUUUAUUUUUUAUAUUCAUUACUGCUGUAACUUGUUUAACCUUUAAAAGUCUUGGGUUUCAUAAUGAAGCUAUUAAAGUAGCUAAGACUAUAAUUAUUACUACUGCUGCUACUACUACUACUACUACUAAUACUACUACUAUUACUACUACUAUUACUACUACUAUUACUACUACUACUACUACUACUACUACUACUACUACUACUACUACAACUACACUACUACUACUAAUACUAUAACACCACCACCACUACUACUACUACACUACUACUACUACAGUUAUUACAUUCAUGGGAGCUCUAAAGCAGUAAGGAGUCAUAAAGUAUUUUGGGGAAUACAAGGCAAUCAAGUUCGACUCAAGGAAGCAAAGGAUAGAUCCUUCCCUUGAAUUAAGAACAAGGCUGACCAAGACAGGUCAACCAAGCGGACGUAUGAAAUUAGGUUGACUGGUUGGUGCAGGGACUGCCUAGUACCGCUGGAAGGAAGGGGUGAAGAUGGUAUUGAGUGGUAAAGACUUUACCACACAAUAGACAUGUGUGAUAUAUUAACCCUUUGAGCAAGUUAGAUGAGAGUGGAGACAAGCUGCUUUUUUCAGAGUUUAUAGUGUUUUUGGAGUGUCAGAAAGAUAAUAUGUACUAUGGGAUUCAGGAAAAUUGGUUUGGCGGUCUUGAUUUUUAAAGGCAAGAAGUAUGAUGCACUUUGUAAGUGGGAAUGUUAUGGUUGGGUGGACCACCACAGAAUUAUGAUGUGGGAAUAUUACAAUUAUGUGGAUCAUCAAUGAAUCAAAUCAUGAUUCGGGAAUGUCGGGUGAGUCAUCACUAGUCAUCAAUAGAUCAUGCAGUGAGUUUGCCUCUGGAAAAGCAGCUAGAGGCCAAGUGGUAAUGAAUAUGCUUUCUUAGUCGUAUCAUCAUGAGAGUGAGAAAGUUGUGGCGUGUAAGUGGGAAGGAAGUGGGCGCGAGACAGGUUAGGCGGCACCUGAGCCGCAAUAAUGUACCAGUCAGCCCUAAGCGGCCACUCAAUGAGCGUCAGUGUAGUGGCGCUCCCGACUGAAUGGAAUCGCUGUUCUCAUUAAUGAGGCUAGAGUGACUUUGUGAAGUUUUCUUGUUCCGGAGAACAAUGGAUGUCAUCACUAUUAUCAUCAUAGUGUGCUUUGCAGUGCCGAGCUAUGGAUUACGUUACACUGAUCUCGAGGUUAUAGAAGCUGCUUGCUCGCCCUAUAAUUCAUGUGAACGUGAUAAACCUGUGUCUAUCCCUGACUGGCAUAAUGAAAAUUGCUUAUGUGAUGAAAUGUGUGCAGAGUUUGGUGAUUGUUGCCUUGACUCCCCGUAUUAUAACUUGACAGUGCAUAAAUACAAUGUAAACAAGUACCAGUGUAUCAGCUUGGUACAAUACGGGGACAUCUAUAUGAAAGGGACCUGUCAAGAAGGUUGGCAGGACGAAGAAGUGUCUAAUCAGUGUCUCUCCGGCUCACCUGCCUCUGCCGGUAGAGAAGACCCGGUUGGUAAUCUGCCAGCCACUAGCCUGGCCUCCUCCCGCACCUACACCAACUACUAUUGCGCUAUCUGCAACAACGACACCCACGCUCUGAGGGUGUGGUCGGCGCGCUGGGAGUGUGGAACUCUCAGCAAAUAUAGCCAGAACUUGACCCAGGAAUACGUGAUCUCCAGACUAGUGUUCAACAGUUAUGAAUGGGGAGUGAACCUGGAUAAUAAUGGGGCAGUAGAAUUUCAAAAAUGUUCUAUACUCCCUGUAAGACCGGAAGAAUUGAUUAAUGUAACUAGAAGCUGCACUCCAGCAAUUAAAACUUGUGAAAGAGAGUGGGAAGGCACUGAAGUGGCAGAUUCGUGUCAGUCCUAUACGGCUGUGGUGUAUAACCAUACAUUGCCUUACAAAAACCCACACUGCGCUAAAUGUAAUAAUGUCAGUCAAGAACAACUUAAUUGUAUGAGCCAAGACCUGUUAAGGAUUGGAAAAAAAACAUUUUUUAGCUCACAAGCCUUCUCUCUCUUAUUCGACUUUCACGAUUCCAGCGGCAGUAACACUGUAGGAUCUACUUCAUCUUGCCAGAGUUCUGAAAUAUGGGACCACUUCUUUGGAAAGUGUAGGAGCAUUGUAUGUGGUAAACCGAAUCAUGUGUUUAAAUAUGGCAAAUGUGUUCCAAACGACAGUGGUUUCAAUGCCACCGUAAAUACCGAUCCCAACACAACUCCCUCUCCCACAACAUCAACCGAUAGUGCUGUUAUUGGUAAGAACAACACUCCCAUUAUCUUCCCGGAUGUUAACGGAUCCAUCAUCUUCCCCGGCGAUACCAGUUACAACACGUCGGUAUAUACCACUUCACCGCUACCCACCACAUUCUCUGUCUCCAACACGGCUGUAUCGUCGAAUGAAUCUUACAAAUUUCUUGACUGCAACAAGAUAGUGUUAUCUCACGAUGAAUUCGUCAUGUAUGAGAACAGAACCGUGCUUGUGGAGCCUUACAAUCGAAGCUACAUAAUGGGGGAAUAUGAGUUGACAGAAGGUGGCGUCUUGGUGUGCUCGCCACAGACACCAACAGAAAAGUUCUCCCAGGUGAUGGGUUGGGUGACACUGGCAGGACUUGGGCUGUCCUGUCUAUGUCUUCUGCUUCACUUAGCAGUCUUUCUUCUAGUAGCGGAGCUUAGGAACUUAUCUGGAAAGAACCUGGCAUCUCUUUGCUUGGCUCUUCUAAUUUCUUAUAUUGUCUUCAUCUUUAAUGUGUUCGUCAAACCAGGUCAGGAGUGCUUUGUUUUAGCUGCUGUUAUGUAUUACUUUUUCCUUUCAUCCUUCACUUGGAUGAACGUAGUAGCUUUCGAUAUCUGGUACACUUUCCACCAAACCAAAACAGAUUUACGAGUGAUUAGUGGGAAACAACGGCAGAAAUUCCUGAUGUAUUCUCUGUACAGCUGGCUAUUACCAGCCGUCGCUGACCUCAUCGUUGUCAUGGUUGACAUUAAAAAACCUUCUGGCAUCCCAGACGAUUACCUUCCCAUCCUGGGCCAACGCUGGUGCUGGUUCGGUCAUCGCAAGGCCCUGCUGAUAUUUUUUGCCAUUCCUAUAGUAGCUAUCAUUGUCGUCAAUUGCGCUUUUUUCAUAAGUACUGCGAGAAUAAUUGCAGAAACCACCCUCUCUACCUCAGCCAUGACGACCAGUCCACACCAUAAGAACCAAUACAAGCUAUACAUGAGACUGGCCGCUCUUAUGGGAUUUACAUGGAUCAGCGGCAUCGCAGCUGGCUACUUAGACUUGGAAGCUGUCUGGUACAUCUUUGUGGUACUCAAUACACUGCAGGGAGUCUUCAUCUUCCUGGGUUUCACCUGCAGGACCAAAGUUUGGCGGGCAGUGAGUUUCACCUGCAGACACCUCAUGCAGCUUGGAGCUUCACUUGUGGUGGGUCAUGGCCGCUCUGGUAGUACCACUGUGGAGCUUAAUGAUACUCCCAAUCAUCACUCAUCCCCAGUCACCACUCUUGACGGAAGUUAGUUGCCCUCAGUGGGUACUAACUACACUCCACUACCAUCACCUCCUCCAGCAUUCAUCCAUGCCUCGUGUCUUUAGUCGUACCAUGACGUUCAUCACUUCUAUCGGCGGAUAUGGAUCCACAGGAAACUUGCAUCCACAUACGACAAACUGUACUUGUAAAAUAUAGACUAAUUAUUAAUUGCCAGAUGUCAUUGUGUAUGCCAGAUUUCAUCACUUGCAUUAGAUAGUAAAACAUGUGGCUGUCAUGUCACUCGUGUUAAUUAUAAUCAGUGGUGCUAUCAGUAGACAAUUAUAUUAAACGUAGAUGUUAUCCCCUGUGGUAGAUGUUAUCAUCUAUGUUAGAUGUUAUUAACGUCUGUGCUAGGUACUCUAGUGUCAUAAAUUCGCCUGUAUUAGGCGUGCAAUAACCUCGAUAUCGAGACUACAAGAAUUUAAAUUGGGCCAUCAAGUUUAUUAAAUGUUAUAUUAUUACUUGUGACAGACAUUGUCACCUGCUGUAACUGUAAUCUAUGUCAGAUGUUAUUAAAUAUGAUAAUGUAACCUGUGUUAAAAUGUGUAAAAAUCUCAUAAUCACCUUUGUUCCUGUCAGUCGCCUAAAAUGCUACUUUUAAACUAUAUUGAUGAUGUUAGCUUUGGUAAGUACUCUGAUCAUAUUUUUUUUUAAUGUGUAAGGUGCCAUUCAUAUGCAUUAAUGGUUUAAUUUUGGUUUGACCUCAAACUACCAUGGUCGACAUUAUUGAAUUAUCUCUUCUAAAUCAUGCAUAAAGUCAAAAGUAUCUACAUCAUUGAUGUUUAAAACACAUGUGCAACAGUUGGGUAUCUUUAACUACUACACCUGCUGCCUCUGUAUUUGACUGGAGAAGCCUACUGUUUAGGCAAAAUCUUUCAAUGCUAAAGACACCUGACUGUUUCACAUGUGUCUUAAAAAUCAGUUUGUCAGUAUUUUAUACCAUUUUCAAUAUCUAAAUCGUGACCAAACUUAUUACUGUGAGAAGUAAGGUCUUCUCCAGGUGUUUGUGAGAACUAAUGUCUUCUCCAGGUGUCCAUGAGAACUAAUGUCUUCUCCAGGUGUCCAUAAGAACUAAUGUCUUCUCCAGAUGUCUGUGAGAGGUAAUGUCUUCUCCAGGUGUCUGUGAGAGGUAAUGUCUUCUCCAGGUGUCUGAAAAGUCAUGUCUUCUUCAGAUGUCUGUGAGAGGUAAUGUCUUCUCCAGGUGCCUGUGAGAGGUAAUGUCUUCUCCAGGUGUCUGUGAAAAGUCAUGUCUUCUCCAGAUGUCUGUGAGAACUGUCUUCUCCAGGUGUCUUUGAGAGGUGAUGUCUUCUCCAGGCAUCUGAGAGGAGUCAUAAAGCAUUAGGGGUAAUGGGAGAGAGUCAUGUGGGAACCAAGAAAGGAGAGGCCAGCUCCCAUUCCUUGGCUCACGAGCCUCUCGCCAGGGUCAUGGAACCUCCCUUGAGGUAUUUGUGUAAAUAAUUCUAUGUAUAUGUAUAUUUGCUAGCCAAAAUGCCAUGUGUAUUUACUCCAGGAAUGCUUGUGUACAUACUAAAUAUAGAUUUACCCAAAUGUAAUCCUGGCCAAGGCUACAAUCAGGAAAAUAACUUUUGUUGUUACUGGUUCACGAAUUUACUUUUUGUUUCUACUGGGUUACGUAUUUACUAUCUUGAAAAAAGUACCAAACCUGAAUAGAUCAUAUAGUGCUAAUUGGUUCAGGAAGCUUACCACAGUAUGGAUGUAAUCAGUUACUCAAACUUGAUAUUAAGAUUGAUGGAUUGAUUACAUCAACUCCAGGCUGAGAGACUGAUUACCUCAAAAUCUUUCUGAUCUUCACCAUUCCUCUUUGUUGGACUGAUGAAGCCACCAUGUGGCAAAACAUUUCUACAAUAAAGAUACCCAAGUGUUGCAAGUGUCUUAAUUUAUCAUCUCGUCAGUUCUCUGAACCAUUUAUCUACUUAGGGCAUCAUUUAAGAGUGACCAAUGUCCUAGGACUGAAAUGUAUCAAAUAAUGAUAUCCUAAAUAUGCACUUUCUUUCCUUUAAUCCAGUUAUCAUCAUUUAAUCCAGUCAGUAUCAUUUAAUCCUUCAGUAUCACAGCAUGCAUGGCUGACUGUGACUAUCUUGUCGAUGUUAACAUUUUUUUAAUUUAGCAGAUAUACAGUGUACUAGUUAAAUUUAUUUAAAGAUGUGAUUUAUUUACUUAUUUUAUUUUAAUCAGAGGAAAGCACUAAGCUCGCAUAGGUCAUAUAGUGCCUGGGAAAUGGAAGCAUUCAGAUCCGAUCCAAGGGAAGGAUAACUCGUUUCUUGGAUCAAGUGCUCCUCACUGGCACCCGUCUUCCUUGAUGUCAAAGUUUUCUUGACUCGCUGAAUGGAGGAUUCGAACAAUUGCAAGUCAAUCCUAAAAUCAGCAGCCCAGUGUGCUCCAUUCAGAGUUGUUUAGAAUUGUGGAAUUACAGUUCUGAGUCAUUUGUAAAAGAUUGUUUAUGGUUGUACUGUAUAUGCAUUGCAUCUUAGCUUGUUGGUUUUAAACAAAAAAGACUUAGUUUUAUUUUGCUUAACUGUUUCAGUUCUUCCCCAUUUGUCUGAUUUCAAAUUCUGCACAAAUAGCUUCAAAAAUAGCUUUAUUCUCUUAUAUACAAGUUUAGACACCUACUAACAAUAUUCAGCAAGAGCAAAGUAUGGGUGGAAAGUUCAUUGCAAACUACCAAGCAUUGUUGCAGUGUGCAUUAAUGUGAUGUUCACAAAGUGCUAAACCCAAAUGGGUCAUAAAACAUAUAA